UCUUUCGCUCUCAAAAGCAGUUUGUUAUUUUAUUUUCCGCUCGAUAAUUCCACCUUACACAUACACCUAAAAUAUCAUCAGAUAUUGUUUGGUGAAGAAAAAAAUAAGCAUUAAUCGAAAAAAAAGAACGACACGAUAAGUGACACAAGAAAAAAAUAGCUACAAUUCAAGCUCUUAUCAUCAGAUUUUUUUUUAUAUUUUAUUUCAACAUACAAAAUAGCGCAAACAAAAGUGAUAAAAAAUUGAUAAGAUAAAAAUAAAAUUGAAAGUAGAGGAAUAAAAUUUUCUGCGCUGUUCAUUUAGUUUUGUGAAUUUGUGACUAGUGCGAGUAGCUUUAAAAAGAAAACUUUGUGGAGAAAUUUUUUUUCUUUGGCACUAAAUUCGCGUCUUAUCGACCACCUGGAAAAGAAAAAUUCUAGAAAGCAUAUUUUUUUGUUGCCGUACAUCACGUGAACUACAACAACAACAAUAAUUCUCAAAGUAUUAAGCAAAUAUUGCUAAAUUAAAUUAGCAAACAUGACGAUUACAAACUCUAACAACCUGAAUGCAGGGAUGAGGCUCAUAAAAUUUAUCAUUUUCAUCAUUUCGUUUAUGUUUGGGCUCACGGCAUUCUUACUACUCGCUGUCGGUUCAACAAUAUCAACAAUAUUCGAUGACUUUGAUAUCUUUAUGGACGAUCACUUCUUCACGCCAGCCAAUCUAAUGAUUUUCAUUUCAAUAUGUCUCAUGCUUGUGGCAAUUACAGGAUGUAUUGGUGCCAUAAAGGAGAGUACAAUGCUCGUAAAUAUUUUUGGCGCCUUGCUGUUCAUCGUAUUCAGCAUGGAACUGACAGCUGCUGUCCUUGCCUACCUUAUGCAUGGUCAAGUAUCGAUGAUGUUGGUUCGUACAAUGAAUGAUGCGUUUAUGUCUUACAAGGAAAAUGAAUACGUUGCCAGCGGUAUCGAUUUUCUACAAAUUAACUUGGAGUGUUGCGGCAUUGACUCACCAGACGAUUGGGCACAAAUAUACGAUCAGAAAGAGAAUAAAACCGUUGUUCCGGACUCAUGUUGUGAAAUUAUGGCACCAAACGCAAAUGAAUGUUUUCAAUUCUUUCAAUCUGGUUGCCUGAUGCGCCUCAACUAUAUAAUUGAAAAGAGCGCAAUGUUGAUUGCAUCUGGAGCCCUAACUGUUGCAUUUGUUCAAUUUUUGGGUGUAAUUUGUGCAUUCAUGCUGGCAAAGACUAUUCGUCGUACAAAAUCGUUGCGUGCUGCUCGCCGCUGGCAAUUACAGCAAGCUUUGGGGGUCAUGACAAAUCCAUUCUCAUUCGAUAAGCAAAUGGAAGCAAAUAGCGCCAAUUCAAGACAAUACGAUCCAGAGCCAGAAUAUACACAAAUGGAAAAGUCCGAUAAUGUAAACGCAAACACAUACUUGCCACACAGCCCCAGUGUCAUGUAAAGGAUUUAUUUUUUAUUGGCUGAUAAUCGACAACUAUAACUGUGUAGCAUUUUGUUAUUGAAUUACUUUUGACAUUUCAUGUCAAUAAACACUUUUUUGACUUUUUAUUUUAUUCUUUUGUUCCUUCUUCUUCAACCUCCAAUAAAAGUAUUUAAUGUCCAUAUAUCUACAGAGAGUUUAUAUACACAAUCAUAUUUUUAUUUACAUUUAAUGGAAAAGGAUGGAGUUGGUUUAUGUGAAUUAUUUCAUACUAGACUGAAAGGCUCUCGAUUGAGACAUGUAUUUUUAUUAUUUGGAUAUGAUGACAUAUCUUGAGUGCAAACUUGUUGACCUAAAUAUAAUUUUGAAUAUGAUUCGACCAAGACAUUAUUUUGUAAAUGCAUCAAAAAGACACUUUAAAGUUUAUUAAAUUGUGAAUAAAGUUUUUGACAUCUGCAAAGAA